UCCAAAGAUUUUCAGUUCAAAAUGGAACAAUAGAAAUGCUUCCAAUGAUGAUGAUGUAGUUGGAUCAGAUGGCACUGGAAUUUCUCUUGAUGUGGACAAGAAGAUUGCAGGAAGGAAGAAAACAUUCAUAGAGCCAUCCCCCCUGAUGAGAAAAAGUUACACAGAAAGACGGAAUAGUACAGGGAUUGAAGGCCUAAACUUAUCAAACAUUGAUCACUCUAUGGCACCAGAAACAGAAAUUAAAGAAUUUAGGAUAUCUGUUGCAACAUGGAAUGUGGGAGGCAAGGCACCCAACCCUGACCUCAACCUUGAAGAUUUCUUGCAGGUUGAGGGAUCUGCGGAUAUUUAUGUCUGUGGGUUUCAGGAAAUUGUUCCACUCAAUGCUGGAAAUGUAUUGGUGAUUGAAGAUAAUGAACCUGCAGCAAGAUGGCUAGCCCUGAUAAGCCAAGCACUUAACAAACCACUGCAUGAUUCUACAAACUAUUCUUCUGACUCAAGUCAUGGUUCAAGAGGUCUGAACAGCAACGAUAAUAAAGACUCGAAGUCACAUAACUUAUUUUACAAGCCUUCACUGAAAGUCCUUGAAAAUUACAGAGCAGAUAGUAGCCUUCUCAAGAUCUGCAAUUGUCAGGAGGAGUCCCAAACACGAGACAGACAGAGAGAAAGAAAGCUUAGUGACCCCAUCCACAAACUAGACUCAGCAAAGGAAACACAUCGCUUUCGUCCGUACAGCUCUGCCGAUAGCAUCCUCUAUAUGCCUGAUAUUCCUUCCUUCCCUUCCUCACUGACCGACAGGACCUAUAACCUUAUUGCAAGAAAGCAAAUGGUUGGAAUUUUUCUCUCGGUGUGGGUUAGAAAGGAAUUGGUUCCUCACAUUGGUCAUCUCAGGGUAGAUUCUGUUGGUAGAGGAAUAAUGGGUCUUCUAGGCAACAAGGGAUGUAUAUCAAUAAGCAUGUCAUUGCACCAAACGAGCUUUUGUUUCGUGUGCAGUCACUUGGCUUCUGGUGAGAAGGAAGGUGACGAGCUAAAGAGGAAUGCCGACGUAGCUGAGAUCCUCAAAAGCACACAAUUCCCCAAGAUUUGCAAACAUAGGCCUUGCCGAGCCACAGAAAGAAUAGUUGAUCAUGACCGUAUAAUUUGGCUAGGAGAUUUAAAUUACAGAGUAGCUUUGAGUUAUGAGGAAACAAAGGUUCUGUUGGAGGAUAAAGACUGGGACACCCUGCUGGAGAAGGAUCAGUUGAAUAUGGAAAGAGAAGCAGGGAGAGUCUUUGAAGGGUUCAAAGAAGGAAGGAUCUCGUUUGCUCCUACUUACAAGUACACACAAAAUUCAGAUUCUUAUGCUGGAGAAAAUGUUAAAUCCAAGAAGAAACGUCGAACACCAGCAUGGUGUGACAGGAUAUUAUGGCGCGGUGAUGGCAUUGAACAAUUGUCCUAUAUUCGAGGAGAAUCAAGAUUUUCGGAUCACAGACCAGUUUGUGCUGUGUUUGCAGCAGAGGUGGAAAUGAGGAACAGAACCAACAGCAGGUUCAGGAAAGGUUACUCAUGUGCUGCUGCAAAACUGGAAUUUGAUAACUGCAUACCCCGAAGGCACAGCUUAUAUGAGUUCUAAUGGUAAACCAAAUUGUACAUUUCAUUAGGUUUCUCAGGAAAACACUUUACCACUUGAAUUAUUUUCUUACCUUACUUGUUUUUGGGUCAUUUUUCUGGAAGAGUCAGCCAACAUAGAGAAAAUUAAUGGCUAGGAGUAUAACUAGGAAAUUACUAACUGCACUUCACAUAUUAUUGUAACGAGGAUUUGUUUAAACACAUGAACAAGCAAAAGAAAAACAGAUCCAAUGAAUUCCUUAAGAAGCUAUCCCCUCGAUAUUGCAAAUUCAAACUAGUUUCGUGGGCAUUUCUUUCUAAUUCUUUGUGCAAGAGCAGAGCAAGAGUGUUGAAAAAUCAUAGAAAGAGUAAUUGCUUUGUUUAUGCUCGGUUGGCUAUCUAAUUUGCUUCCUCGUAUCCCAAAUCCCAGAUUGAAGUCAUUCCUUGUAAGUUCUCUUGUGAUGGAUUUGGAUUCAAGUCCAUGUUUUCUAUAUAUCUUGCUACAUCAAGUGCUCCUUCAAGAAUUCCACUGCACCGGCUGGAAUAGUCUCUGAUUGGUUGCCAGACCCCUCUCCAACCUCUAUCCUAUGUUGAUUUCCAUAAAAAUUAGCCUUCGCUAGCUUCAUAGUUGCCCAAACAGCUAUACAACUCAUUGUCGGUAUUAUCCGUAGUUGCAGUUCCAAAUAUCCGAGGACAUAUCAAGAGUUGAUCAUUCAAGGGGAGAAUGUUUGCAGGAGAAUCAGCGUCUCAAUCGAUAUUUUCUUGGCCUAGUGUAUAUGACAUGUAACUAACUAGGUGGUUGCAUGUAGCACACUAA